GGACCAGUGCAACACUGACUGUGAACAAUGGACUACUUGCUGGUCUGUGAUGUCAGGGUGACCUUAGGUCAUUUGUCUGGAACAGAGAACCACAGUGCUCAGUCCUGGUGUAGGUGUUUAAAGAAACACAUCUAUUUUUUCCUCAUCCUCAGGCCACAGUCCUUUCAGGAAAGUCUCCUCUUUCUGAUACUUAUUUUCUCCAGUUGCUUUGCUUCAAUUAGAAACUCACUGGUCCCCUUAGCUUUCCCCUAUGAGGGAGACUUGCAUCCAUGACAGUCAUUUCCUUUUGGAUUUGCAGAAGUUACUGCUAUUGGGGAUUAUUGAAGUAACAUGCUUCUUGCUCUUCUUGAAACUCCUACUGGUAUUGUUUCCUGAAGAAAACAACUCUAGGAGAUUGAAGCGAAGAAGAUGGAGGAAACUGCCUGAUGUCAUGAAUUCCCCCUAUUUCCAUAGGCCUGACAGGUCCCAAGCAGUGCUGAAAAAGAGUUAUAUUCCUUCCUAUUCCCAUUCAACUUUCUCCAGGACCCUGUGUUGCUGAGAAAACCUGGAGGCUACAAUCCUUAAAUCAAAGGAUUGAAAGGAAGAAGCUUAUUAACAAGUUAACCAACAACACCAGGGGAACAGAGCUAAGUCACCACCCACCAUCUUAUUUCCGCUAUUAUCCUAUGUUAGGAGGACAAUUAUUAGGUGGAGGUCAAAAAAUCUGGCAAAAGAAGUACUUAAAGAAGGGGCCUUUGGACUUCAAAGUCCUGCUAGGAGAUCUGACAGGUAUUAAAGCUUUAUAUCCCCAAGACAAGCACUCUCAAAAAAGACUCCACCAGAUAAGACCAUCGAGUAACACUCGCCAGAUUGCACAAUUACCUUGCUCUACACACCCCCGGCUCAUGUCUACCCCAACACUCUGCCUCUGUCAUCAAAGUAGGUCAUCAUCAUACUUUAAACAUUGGGCCAUGUCUCCACUGAAACCCAAACAUCAGGUUAAGAUUCUACAAAGUCCCAAACAGACCAAAGUCAUGUCUCCUAGAGAGCCAUCAUGGAGUUUAUUUUACCUUAAACCAUGCGUAGUGGAUGGUAUGAUUAUCCCUAAUGAAAUUGUUAAGAACAUAGUCAAUUCCAUCCCCCAGAGCAGGAUCCACAGAGACAUCCGAAAGCAGAUUCUCUUGAGGUGGAUGAGGGGGCGUCCUAAUCCUCAGCCUGGCCCCCGUUUGUCAUCAGUUUAUACAGUCUGCUUAGUUUGUGCCUCCUGGAUCCGAUAUGGCUGUUCCCAUGUGAAGGGAAGAAAAGACCCUAAUGGAGCGAAAUUAGUUGCCAUACCUACACCUCUGCCUGGUUCUGAGGGGGAAAUGGGUGUGAGGUUAGUUCUCCAAAUUCCACAAUCAAAAUCAAGCUCCAUUUCUUGGCUUCCAUGUCCUAGUUAUACAGAACAGCGUCCUCAGGGCCCUACAGAAGACUAUGACACUGUCAUCACACCUGAGGGAGAGAAGAGUCAGGAGGCUCUCGUCCUUACUGAGGCUACUACUACUACUACUACAAUCCAGGCUCCUACUUUUUCAAUACAAUCUAUGAGUCCUGCCAUUCAACACCAGAGUAUAAACCACCAGUUCCAGGGUGUUAAAUGGCUGCUUUAUAUAAAAACAAUGACUGGGCCUCUACCUCAGUAUCCACCUUCUUCACCUUCCUCUUCCUCAUCUUCCCCUUUCUCUCCAUCAUCUUCUUUCUCAGACUGUGUGUCCUUUGAAUCAUUUUUUUACCAUCGACUACCUCCAGGAGUCUAUUGGCUUGAUUUUAUCUAUAACAAAGAUCACCAAGCAAGGGAAAGAAGAAUCUCUGAAAGACACCAGCCCUCAGGAGGAAAAAUACCUACAAAUAGCACCACCAAAAAACUGCCCAGAGAAAAAGCACCAACAGGAUCUGGGACAUUCCUCAAAGCAGUCCUGGAAAAAUUUCAAAAUAACAUUUUCAAAUUAAAUUAACAUCUUUUCUCCUC